ACGUCUUUACGUCACGCCUUGACGUCGUGUUAAUUCUGAGCGGAGAAAUAAUAUAUUUAUAAACUGACGCAAGGGCGCUAAAUCUAAAAUAAACCGUGAAUAAAAUGUGAAAAUAUAUCAAUAUUCUGGUGAAGCAGCUGCACGCAUGAAAGGAUUAUGGCGCCCCGCAUACAGCUGGAGAAAGCGGCUUGGCGUUGGGUGGAAACGGUGAAACCAGAAGAAAUCGGACAGGAGCACAUCGAGCUAGCAUAUCGGGUGAAUCUCCCGGCCUGCAAGAGAGGAGCCUGCAGGAGGAACUGCAAAGGGAAUCCCAACUGUCUUGUGGGUAUUGGUGAGCAGGCGUGGUUGGGGGAGAUAGAUGAAAAUGCUUUUCACAAUAUUGACGACCCAAAUUCAGAGCGCCGAGACAAGAACACAUUUGUUGGCCUGACCAACUUGGGUGCAACCUGUUAUGUCAACACAUUCCUGCAAGUGUGGUUCCACAACCUGGAGUUGCGGAGGACCCUCUAUCAGUGCCAUAAUUCACGAGCACAGGAACAUAACAUUGAGUCUGAUUACGAGCCUCAGUCCAUUUGUGAGCAUUUGCAGUAUCUGUUUGCUCUGCUGCAGAACAGCAACAGGAAAUACAUAGAUCCUUCUGGGUUGGUUAAAGCACUUGGUCUGGAUACAGGACAACAACAGGAUGCCCAGGAGUUUUCAAAGCUUUUCUUGUCCCUACUGGAGGACACACUAUCCAAGCAAAAGAACCCCAACCUGCAGAAUGUCAUCCAGCGGCAGUUCUGUGGACAGUUCUCCUAUGUUACUGUAUGUAACCAGUGUGGACGAUCAUCUGCUCUGCCUUCCCGUUUCUACGAGCUGGAGUUAAACAUCCAGGGCCACAAAAACCUCACUGAGUGCGUCACUGAAUUCCUGAAGGAAGAGAAGCUGGAUGGAGACAACCGCUACUUCUGUGAGAGCUGUCAGAGUAAACAGAACGCCACCAGAAGGAUAAAACUACACAACAUCCCUCCAACCCUCAACCUGCAGCUCAUGCGCUUUGUCUUUGAUAGACAAACAGGCCACAAAAAGAAGUUGAACACUUUCAUCAGUUUUCCAGAGCAGCUUGACAUGGCGCCUUUUCUGGAAGGAAAACAAGACCAGAAGUGCGUUUAUGAACUGAGUGCAGUGCUGAUUCACCGGGGCAUCAGCGCUUACUCGGGCCACUACAUCGCGCAUGUGAAAGACGCUCGUACUGGAGACUGGUACAAAUUCAACGAUGAAGAAAUUGAGAAGAUGGAAGGCAAGAAGCUGCAGCUUGGCACUGAGGAGGACAUUGCUGAAACCGUGAAGUCCCAGACACGAAAGCCAAAGUGCAGUAAAGGCUACCACUGUUCCAGAAAUGCAUACAUGCUGGUGUAUAAGGUCCAGGAAGAGGAGAGCUCAGAUGCUUCUAGAGCCAGUGUUGAGGUACCAGACUUCCUUCAGAGACUCGUUGAUCAAGACAACCACAAAUUUGAAGAGUGGUGCAAUGAAAUGGCAGACAUGAGAAAACAGAGUGUGGACAAAGGCAAAGCAAAGCAUGAGGAGGUGAAGGAACUGUACGAGCUUUUACCCACAAAAGACGGUGAGCCAUAUGAAUUUAUACCCCUUGAGUGGCUCAAGAAGUGGCUGGAUGACUCUACUGCUACAAAAGAAAUAGACAACUCGCUCUUCCUGUGUUCGCACGGCAGACUGCACCCAGACAAGGUGGGAGAUUCCAAAAGAAUUUCCCUGCAAGCUGCUCAGCUUCUCUAUGAGCGCUACGGUGGAGGGCCAAGACUGGACGAGACCUCGCUGUGUAGCGAGUGUGUCGGCCAGCGAUGCCGAGUGCUGCGGCUAAAGAACCAGCUUAAUGAAGACUACAAGGAAGUCACCAACAUGGUCAAACGUACACUCAGUGGUGAGGGUUACUGGGUGGGCAAAGCAUCUCUGCGUAGCUGGAGGCAGUUGGCUAUGGAACAGCUGGAGGAGGAUGAACAUGAAACCAAACACAGCAAUGGCCAGACCAAUGGACAGGGACCACACAUCAACAGCAGCAAAGAGUUCAGCUCUGAGCUUUCAGACGGCAAAGAGGAUGACAUGAAGACGUUCAAUGAAGACAUUGUCUGCACUCAUGGGGGUCUCAGUAUUCUGGAGACUGAACGGAAGCUGGUAUCCUCUGAAGUUUGGACCAAGCUGAGGGCAUAUUUCCCUAAAGCCUCAGAAUUCACUGAAAACCAACAGCCCUGUCAGCAGUGCCUGACAUUAGAGCAGGAGGAAAAAGACAAUGAGGCGGUCAGUAAGAUGAUGGCCCUGGACCAGAAGAACCAGCUGCUCAACCUCUUUCAUGAGAAGAACCGACCGACACUCACAAAGUGGCCUCAGGGCACCGAUGUACUUUACAUUGUUCCCCUGUUUUUUGUGGACGAGUGGAGAAAAUUCAUUAGGAGGCCCACAAAAUCCUCUCCAGUGUCUAACGUGGGCAACACUCUGCUGCUCUGUCCUCAUGGAGGCUUCAUGUUCACGUAUGACUCUCUGAUCGGUGGAGAUGCACAACAUAUAGCUCUGCUCUGGCCCAACGAAUGGGAGGUAAUCAGUAGACUCUUCAUGGUGGACCAGCCCAUCUCCAUCCACUGCUUCCAACAAACCACAGCUACCGGACCCACCACUCAGUACACCACACAGCCUGAGCUAUGCUGGGAGUGCAGAGAGAGCUUCCUUUUCCAGCAGCAGAGGGACCUCAGAGAGUACACGCAGGCAACCAUCUACAUCCGCAAAGUCAUCGAAGACCAAGCGAUGAUGAAAGAAGCAACUCCUGAGAUGAACGCCAGCAGCUCAGAGGCAGAGGAGGAGAAAGAGGAACAACCAAAGUUGGAUGGAGAGAAAGAUCCUGACUUCAGCCAGUCACAAGAUGGUGCAAAGCGGUUAAAGCUGUGUGACGACAGUGCAGCUCCAGCACCUGUUGUUCCUGUGACCAGUAUGAGCAAAUUUGGUGGAAUCAGAAGAAGCACCCGGCACAGGAAACUCAGAGGAGAGAAAGCACUCAUAGUUUCAGCUAAUCAGACACUCAAAGAGCUGAAGAUACAGAUUAUGCAUGCCUUCUCUGUGGCUCCGUUUGACCAGAACCUCUCCAUUGAUGGAAAAAAUCUAACGGAUGACUUGGCCACACUGGGCAGUCUGGGUGUUGUUCCAGAGAGCAUAAUCUGUCUAAAGGCUGACGAGCCAAUAGCAGACUAUGCCGCAAUGGACGACGUCUAUCAGGUGAGAAUGCCUGAAGAGGGAUUUAAAGGCACUGGGCUUCUGGGUCACUGAGGAAAGCUGUGCUGCAGCCAUGCUUGAAUUGGACAGAUGACAAAGGAAAAAAGCUUGAAUUUGUCAGGUGUCCAUAUAUAAAUAAGUGCUUUAAUUUGUUUUUUUACAUUUUGAGUAGGCUUUCUUUAAUAAAACUGUGACUAUGUUGCAAAGCCGCUGUUUUUCUCUACAGAAGGUUAGCUGACCUUUGAUAUUUAAAAUUCCUAGUCAUUCUGAAGGACUCUAUGGUAGAGCUUCUGCCUGACUAAUAGAAACAUGUUGGAGUGGAUCUAAGAUGAUCUAUUGUAUGCUGAGGCUUGUCUUCAGUUAAAUUCUACUGUUACUUGUGGAAAUGGGCUUUGUUUUUGAUUAUUUUAAAUUAUGGCCAGAGUAAAAUUUAAGAAAAUGUCUCUUUCCAUUAUGUGGAAGCUUGUGUUCUCACUGCAGUUUUUCAGAUUUGUCAAAAAGAAUGCACGAGUAACUGUUAAGUAUUACAAAAAAUAUAAUUGCUCUUUAAUGUUAGAACAUUUAUUACCUCUACAGCAAAUCUAUAUCCAUAAUCCUCCAUGUGGCAUUUAGAGAUGCAUAGCUACUCUGGAUGAAGAGAGGCAAAAUCCUGCAAUUGUCUCAGCAGUGUAAACCUCAUGAGUUGGAAGUGAGAGAUAAACGCAGUGUAAUGUCCUCUUCUUUUCACACUUAUUUCUUAUGGGCAAUAAGGUUAUUUUCAAAAUCCUCUGUCCCAACAUACUUGUAAUAAAUAGAUUCAACAAAUUA